UGUUUUUUGGGGGUUGUGUUCCGCGAGAGGGCGUCGUCCGCGGACUGCGAGGGGGUUGACUCCUGGAAGUCGGCAGUGUCUUGAAGAGGAUGGAGAUGAACGGAGAUGUCGACCGUCCGGAGCUUUUGGCCGAAACGAGCUUCGACGUUCUGCUCUACAUUUAUGACCUGUCCAAAGAACUUGCCAAAUCCUUCAAGAAGAUUCUAAAAGGCAAACCGCUACCAGGGAUUUGGCAUACGGGAUUGGUGGCUUACGGCCGCGAAUACUAUUUUGCAUCCACUGGUAUAGAAAGCUGUAGACCGGGAGAGACUAUUCUCGGAGAACCCGAUCAAAUUCUGACUCUUGGAAAAACUGAACUGCCUUAUAGUGUUUUCCUAGAAUACAUAUUUGCUCUUGGAGAGAGUACAUAUAGACCUGGCUCCUAUCACCUACUAGAGCACAACUGUAACUGUUUCAGUCAAGAAGUGUGCCAAUUCCUCACAGGAGGCCCCAUACCAGCAGAAAUAAGAGAGUUGCCACAAGAAAUUUCUGCGAACAAGACCCUCAGUAACGCCCUCAAAGAAUAUUUCAACAAGCUGAGCCUCAGGGCCGAAGGUUCUCGAGGAAUCAGCUUUGGAAACUCCGAACGGGUGGCCGAGGAGCAACGCAACGGGCACGACCCCGCACCGAAGCCUCAGCAGAACGGAACAAGGAGGAAAAAAUCGUCUGCCGGAGUGAACGGCCAUUCAAAAUCUAAAGAAUCGUCUACAGAACAGAGGCAAAAGGAACCGCCACAGCUAAUUGAACAACCCCAACAGAAACCCAAAGAGCAGCCACAACCUGUGGAACAACCUCAACAAAAACCUAAAGACAAAUCUCCACCCACUGAACAACAGCAACCUCAGCAGAUAAUCGAGGAAGCACAGAACUCUCAAGAACAAGCAGCAGCAGCAGCAGCAUCUGCUCCUCCCCCUGUCCCUCAGAAACCACAACCACAAAAGCAGAACCAGCCCGAACAAACAAAUAUCAUGAGUAACGGUACUGGAGCUGCAGAACCCACUGAACCUCUGGGUCUCCCACAGGAAGCGAGCAAUGGAGUUGAGGCUAGCAAUGGAGCUGCUCGUGUCCACUUGGACGAUGAGGAAGAUGGACAGACGAAUUUCACGCCUAGAAGGGCAAGGAGGUACGAAGACCCACCUGUGCUCUUCCCAAAUGUCGACGGUCCUGAAUUGCUGAGACGCAUCAUGGAACUAGUAGAGGGGAAACUGACCCCAGAAGAAAACAAGGACCUCAACGAAUUCAUGGAAUAUCUCACCACAGAUGGAGGAGCCUGGGCCCUAGGUUCCUCGCACCUGGAGGCUAUCGGUCGUCUCCUGAACGACCGCAACCUGCAUCCUGAGAUUCCCAUUCUCACUCUCAAGAUGUUUCAGGCGGCAGCUCUCAAAGAAGACAUCAUUCUGUUGCUGCACCAGGACAGGGAGAGGCAUCAUCUCAUGACUUAUUUCUAUAAGAUUGAAACCCUCUCGCCUGAAGAACAGACAGAAGUUUGCGCCUUGAUGUGCAACCUGUGCUCAAACGGAAGCAGUUUUGAUUGGCUGACAUACAUCUCGGAAUGGGAGGAAGACGGAAAACCAUGCAACAAUUGCAAGGUGACAGUGCGAGUGGCCGUGCAUGGACUGUUGGCCGACCACCCUGAUACCAAGGUCAGAGGUUGUGCCCUGGUGUAUAACCUCGCUCUCAAAAAAGAGCUUUUCGAUGAUGUUGCCAGUGAACUUGCUAUGGCUGUCCUUCAGUUCCUACAAACCCCACCGGCGGAAGAAAUGUUGUUCCAGAGCCUGACUGCCUUGUAUCGAUUUAUGUGUAUUAGUUAUAAUGAAAUCCCUGCACUCAUGAAGAUGAUGGGUCCGGACGUGGAGGCCUUCCGAGGCGUGUCUGCCAGAAUCGAACCCGUCGUCGAAGAAAUUCAGAUGAAGCUAAGAGUCGCCCGCUAAUAAAUUUUUCUCUCUUUUUACUGUAUUUUUCAAUAAAUCUUAUUUAUAAAAUCAAGAA